CUAACAAAACUUUUUUCGUUUAACCGGUUCUUUUACGAGUAUGCGUCAAUUCAACCAUUCAAUAAGGUGGAGUGAGCAAGUCAGCUAGCAACCGAGUCGGAGCAACAGAAACGUGAAUAUCCGAUUCGCCGUUCGAGGUUUUAGUUUGGUACAGUGUUAGGACAAGUAAGGUGUUGUUUUCUGCUUUUCCGAUCUUUUCUGUUAAGAUGGCAACAAACAGAGCUACAAAAAGUGGAUUUGCCGCCGAGGCACAAAGAAAGGUCAACGCCAAAUAUAGUGAGGAUUUAGCGAAGGAAAGUUUAGAAUGGAUUGCUUCGAUCACCGGCGAUGGAAUAAACACUGGCGGCGACAUGGACAACUUCUAUGAAGUAUUGAAAGAUGGAACGCUGUUAUGCAAAUUAGUCAACAACAUACAACCAGGUAUGGUAAAAAAGGUUAACACCAGCUCAAUGGCUUUCAAAUGUAUGGAAAACAUAAAUGCAUUUUUGGAAGCUGCCAAGCAGUUGGGAGUUCCACCACAGGAGACGUUCCAAACCGUAGACCUUUGGGAAAGACAAAAUCUUAACUCAGUUGUGAUUUGCUUGCAGUCACUGGGAAGAAAGGCUGGCAAUUUUGGUAAACCAAGUAUUGGACCAAAAGAAGCCGAGAAAAACGAAAGGACAUUCUCAGAAGAAAAGCUUAAAGCCGGUCAAACAAUCAUCGGACUUCAAAUGGGAAGUAACAAAGGUGCCAAUCAAUCUGGAAUCAAUUUUGGAAAUACAAGACACAUGUAAUUGUAGUUUUUUUUUACCAUCCUUUUCAUUAUUAUAAUAAGUCUACCAUUAUUAAUUUAUAUUCCAUAGGUUAAUCUUUGUUAAACGAACGAAAAUUAUAACUAUUUUCU